GAAGCCGCCCUUUCUUCUGCUGCACCGCCAAAUCCUUGAAGCCCCCUGUUGCAUCUAAACCAGAAACGUCAAGUGACGAGGACUCAUCACAGGUGACUUCUCAGGAAUCCAAGAGAGCAAAAGGAGAAAAUUCAAAGGCGUGUGCCCCGCCCCAAUACGCACGCCCAGCGAUAAUUCUUGUGCUGCCAUUGGCUCUGGCCGUGGGUGUUCCCGGAACCUUUGCUACGCGGAACCUUGUGCUCUGGGCUCCAGGUUGCUGCAGGGGAACCUUUACCUUGCAGUUUCCUUUCGGCCCUCUUCCGGAGCAUGUGGCGCGGUUCCUGGAGUUGGUGACAGCAAUGGCUCCGCCGGUUUGGCGUCGACGGACCCUGGAGAGGUGUCUGAAAGAGAUCAGUAAAGCCACCAAGCAACCGGAGCGUUUCCUCACGAUUCAAGAUGGAUUAGCAUCAAACUUCACUUCUUUAACAAAAGUUCUUUAUGACUUUAAUAAAAUAGUGGAGAAUGGUAGCACCCCUGGAAGUCGUUUACAAAAACUUGUGAUAAACAAUUUUGAUGAUGAGCAGAUUUGGCAACAACUGGAACUGCAAAAUGAACCAGUUCUACAGUACUUCCAGGAUGCAGUUAGUGCAACAAUUAAAGAUGAAGGCAUCAGUCUUCUCCCAGAGAAUGAAGAAGUGGAAAAUGAAGAGGAUGGUUCAGAGAUGGAAGCUGAAGGCCAGGAGGACCUGGAACAAGACUUGGAAGAAGAGGAAAUGUCAGAUGUGGGUUGUGGUGGUCCUGAAGGGGAAGAGAGAGCUAGAAACUCGAGCAAAGUUGACCUGCGGGAAAGCCCAGUUUUCAGUGAUGAAGAUUCUGAUCUUGACUUUGAUAUCGGCAAAUUGGAACAACAGAGCAAGGUUCAAAACACACUGCCUAGGAAACCGAGAGAAAAGUCCAUAGUAGAUGAUAAAUUCUUCAAACUCUCUGAAAUGGAGACCUUCUUAGAGACCAUGGAAAAAGAGGAACAGAAAGAGGAAGACAAAGAUGAGGAGGAGGAAGAAAAUAUUGACUUUUUUGAAGAUAUUGAUUCUGAUGAAGGUGGAGGACUGUUUGAAAAUCAAAAACUUAAGUCAGUUAAAAGUUCCAGAAAUCUGAAAUACAAAGAUUUCUUUGAUCCAGUUGAGAGUGAUGAAGACAUAUCAAAUGUUCAUGAUGGUGAGAUGGGUUCAGACAAAGAAGAAGAAGAAAAUGUUGAAGAAGAAGCAGAUGAAGAAUGCAUUUCUGAAACGGAUGAAGAUAAUGACUUUGAAGAAAGUGAAGAUGGUAAACAACAUAAAGAAGGCUCAAAAAGAGUGACCUUUGCUUUGCCAGAUGAUGAGGAAAAUACAGAUACAGAUGUAUUAAAUGUAAAGGAAGAUUCUGAUGAAAUUAAGUCCUCUUUUGAAAAAAGACAAGAAAAGAUGAAUGAAAAAAUUGCGUCCUUAGAGAAAGAGUUGUUGGAAAAGAAGCCUUGGCAGCUUCAGGGGGAAGUGACGGCACAGAAGCGACCUGAGAACAGUCUGUUGGAGGAGACCCUGCACUUCGACCAUGCCGUGCGGAUGGCACCUGUAAUCACAGAGGAAACCACUUUCCAACUAGAAGACAUCAUCAAACAGAGGAUAAGAGAUCAGGCUUGGGAUGAUGUAGUACGUAAAGAAAAACCUAAAGAGGAUGCUUUUGAAUAUAAAAAGCGCUUAACAUUAGACCAUGAGAAGAGUAAAUUGAGCCUUGCUGAAAUUUACGAACAGGAAUACAUCAAACUCAACCAGGUAAGGAGGCCUGUAAGGCAAAGCUAUUAUUAUGAAAAGAAUCAAGAGAAGAGAAAGAGUAUCUUCUUAAAAUUAGAUGCACUGUCGAACUUCCACUUCAUCCCGAAACCGCCAGUGCCAGAGAUUAAAGUGGUGUCCAAUUUGCCAGCGAUAACCAUGGAAGAGGUGGCCCCCGUGAGUGUCAGUGAUGCGGCCCUCCUGGCCCCUGAGGAAAUCAAGGAGAAAAAUAAAGCUGGAGAUCUAAAAACAGCUGCUGAGAAAACAGCUACAGACAAGAAACGAGAACGGAGGAAAAAGAAAUAUCAGAAGCGUUUGAAAAUAAAGGAGAAGGAGAAGCGGAGAAAGUCACUUGAAAAGAGCAACUCACAUCAGUCAGGGAAGCACAGCAAAGCAGUAGCUUCAGAGAAGCUGAAACAGAUGACCAAAACUGGCAAAGCCUCCUUGUUAAAGGAUGAAGGAAAGGACAAGGCUCUGAAGUCCUCUCAAGCAUUCUUUUCUAAGUUACAAGAUCAAGUGAAAAUGCAAAUCAGUGAUGCAAAAAAAACAGAAAAGAAAAAGAAAAAAAAGGAUAUUUCUGUCCAUAAAUUAAAGCUGUAAUAUAUUUUGAAUAUCAUGUAUAUAUUGUGUAAGCUACUUGUGACUG